GGUCGGGGCCGGAAGCACGAGGCCGGCGGGCGGGGCGCGUGCGCCGCCACUUCCUGCUCGGCGUGUCCCGCGCGGCCGGCGGUGGGGUUUGGGUGUGGAAGAUAGAUCCCCGAGGUCUCCUGAAGGUAUAGCCUGUCACUAGACAUCACUUCCCUCUUCUCCAGAGCUCUCCUUCUCUCCUUUACACUUGUUUGCACCGUAUUUAAACAAAGUACAGAAAAGAAACAUGUUGUCAAACACACAGUAAGUGAACAUAAGAAAAAGUUUUACAUCUCGGCAUUGAGCAACACACGUUAUCCUUGGAAUAAAUGUGUGGCAAAAUUUAGCCAAAAAUGACUGAUAGCAAACGUCACUGUUAGACCAGCGUCUUGGUGCCGCCUGCCUGUUUUCUUGGCUCCUUAAAGCGGUGACAACAGGCGCAGGAUGUGUGUUGCGCUUGUCGGCUCUGCUUGGCGCAGGCCAAGGGCGCUGCGCUGCGCUGCUGCCCGCUGAGCCCGGAUCAGAUCUGCGUUGCCUUGGGCACAGAAGCACAACACAGGUGAAGGAAAGAGCUGUCUCCUGUCGCCGACCCGUGAUAAUAGCCGUAUAUUGCUUUUUAAAAAAAUCUGUUCAGAUUUGACGUUUGCAUACCCUCACAGGGCUGCAAGAAGAGCAACAAUGUGAUUUUCAUUUUGGUGCUGUGCCUCAUAACAGUAGUUUUGAUUGCUCCCAAAAAGAAGAGUAUGCAAACUGAUGAAGGGUACAGAAGCAGUUACAGCGGCUGACGUGGAAGAUUUCAUUAAACUGCAGUGAAACGUUUAAAUUCUUUGUCGCUUUCAUGCCGGCCGUACCUGUGCAGUGCCUUAACAGCCUGAAGCGUGGGGCAGGCCGUGUGUCACCAGCGUGACCGCGGCCGUCAGGUCUGCUGGUGGCUCCUGCCGUUCUGAUGUCCGAGCUGCUCCUUUGGUAGAUAAUGCGGUUUUAGGGAGUUGCUGGUAAUUUCCUCAGAAGACCUUUCUUUCCCAUUUUGUUGUUGCUCCUGCCUGCAACAGAGAGUCUGAGGGUGUGUUUUGUCUUUACCUCCUAAACCAGCAAAGAGCGUGUUUGUUGCUGCAUUUUCAAUGCAGCCUUUGUCAUAAAAUUUUAGAUUCAGCAUUACUGCAAAGAUCAAGCAGAGAGCAAGUAAGGGAAAUAUUUGGAAUUCCCUGAUGAUUUGUGGUGGGAAUAGUACAGUUAUUGGAAAAGUCGUAUUUGCAAAGGAUGAAAAAGUAAUAUUUUUGCAAACCCUUUUUUGUUUUAUUUUUUGUUUUAAGAAAUCUCGGUAUUUGAGGUUAAGCAGAACGCACAUUUCAAAUGGCAAGAGUGGGGCAGAGGAAGGUUAUUGUGUGAGCUCUGGAAGGUUUUAGUGGUUGAAAAGGUAAGAGCAGCAGAAGUGAUGAAGUGAAGCAGAGGAGAGGAGGAGCUGGUUGGGAGCGGGAAUGGUGUGGAAGGACUGGCCCGGGCAUCCUCCUGGCACUUGGGCAAAGCCCCUUCUCACUCACGUGACACCUGCGUGUGCCAAACUGCUCCGAAGUUUUGGCUGAACUGCGGUGGUGCUCUGCCCCGCGUCGGACCUGCUGUCCGAGCCGCCGCCGCAUCCUCCUGCUGUCCGAGCCGCCGCCGCAUCCUCCUGCUGUCCGAGCCGCCGCAUCCUCCUGCUGUCCGAGCCGCCGCCGCAUCCUCCUGCUGUCCGAGCCGCCGCAUCCUCCUGCUGUCCGAACUGCCGCCGCAUCCUCCUGCUGUCCGAACUGCCGCCGCAUCCUCCUGCUGUCUGAGCUGCCGCUGCAUCCUCCUGCUGUCCGAGCCGCCGCCGCAUCCUCCUGCUGUCCGAGCCGCGGGAGGCGGGAUGGAGGGUGCUGGCCAGCCGUCUUUGUAAAUGACCUGGGAGGAUGAUCUCCUGCCACUUCUAGCUACAGUCAUCUGGAGAUUUGUUUGGAAGCGGUUAAAAGAAGUUCAGAUUGCUGUGACUUUUUUCUUUAGCUCUUUCCUGGAGCUGCUGUUACUUGGGGCCUCCCAGAGGGGCUGUCGGGUACUUUUGAGGGGAGUCGUGCUCUGGGCCCGGGUGGUAACAGGAUUGCUCCUGCCUAAGGGAUGAGGUCCUCCCGUGGGCCUGCCAUAUGUGCUGAGCAAGAGGAGGAGCCCUUUGCCAUCCCGGAGUGCGUGGACCUGAGAGGAGGAGGAGCUGCUGUUGGACCCGAGCUGCGGGGAGGACAGAUCAGAGCUACUCGCGUUCCAGAAUGUUUGUUGGAGACGAAGACGCUGAUGAUGCUGAAAUGUACGAAGAUGAACUUUAUCGCGAGGAGUCGUCCAGCGAGAAGAGCGUUGAUAGUGAGGUGGAAUUUCAUCUCUACAGCCAGAUCCACUAUUCCCAAAAUCUUGGAGAAAUAAGCACACUGGAAAUGGAUGAAGAAGACGAUGUUGCAGGAGUCCUGGAUCAUAGUUCAAUUCUAACUGAGAAACGCUCCAAAGACAAGAAGAGCACUGAAUUAAUUGAUGGUGGUGUUCAGUUUACAGAUGACCCCGAGAUCAUCGUCUUGUCUGACACACCGGAUGAAGACAGUGUUUAUAAAAGCAAAGGGAAGAAGUCAACAAGCUCUUCAGCUCGCAGUAGAAGACAAACCCCUCCGGUCUGUUCCACACCACGUCACCCCGGAGCUCCGGGACGUAACGCCCUGAGUCCCACUGCGUCAGCCACAGACGUUCCAAGGGAAAGGAAAAGUACCGGUGGGAAGCCUGACCCAGGUGGUUCUGCUGGAGCUCACACCAUCCAAGAUGUGUUCAUAAUAGAUGACAGCUCAGAGGAGGACAGCCUGAUAUCCGAAAGUGAUAACGUCGAGAGCUGGAUGCUGCUGGGAGUCAGUUCUGAUGACAGAGACAAAGAUAUAAUGCUGAACCUCGAGGGCUGUGCAACUCCGGUCAGCGAAGGAGACGUGGAUGUGGACUGGUCCAUCUCUAGUAAAGACUUAGAGGCGCAGAUCUCGAACCGCGGGGGCGCGCGGCACGGCGCGCGGUACUACAGCGCCGACAAGGCCGUCACCUGCCGCAACUGCGGCCGGGCCGGACACCUGUCCAAGAACUGCCCCGCGCCAAAGAAGGUCCCGCCGUGCUGCCUGUGUGGGGGACGAGGUCACCUGCAGAGCGGCUGCCCCGCGCGCUUCUGCCUGAACUGCUGCCUGCCCGGCCACUGCUACCGGCAGUGCCUGGAGCGCGCCUGCUGGAGCAAGCUCUGCCACCGCUGCCACAUGAAGGGACACUACGCUGACGCUUGCCCAGAAAUAUGGAGGCAGUAUCACCUAACUACAAAGCCAGGGCCGAUCGAGGUGGCCGGCGCCCACACCGAGCGCUCCGCCUCCGUGUACUGCUACAACUGCUCCCAGGAAGGGCAUUUUGGAUACGAGUGCUCAGAAAGGCGGAUGCAUGGGAGCAUGUUCCCCGCUUCUCCAUUUAUCUGCUACUAUGACGAUGAAUACGAUAUCAAGAGAAGAGCGAACAGAUUAAAAAGGAAGGUUGCAGAGCUGCAGGAGGCCGGCCUGCUGCCGGAGCAGCCGGAGACACCGCGGCCGCGCGAGGAGCAGGGCGGGCACGGCCACAAGAGGAAGAGCAAGCCUUGGAAGGGGCACGGGGAACGGAACAGAAGCGAGGAGCGCCAGCGGAAGCUGAAGAUGUCCCGGGCAGAGAAGCCCCAGGAGAAGCGCGGCCGCAGUGGCGAGCCGAGGGAGCGCGUCCCGCGGGGGGGCCGGGGCGGCAGAGCCCGACACGCGGCGCUGGCGCAGGCGCUGCUGGGCAGCACGGCAGCGCGGGAGCCUCUGGAAGGUGCCAAAAGGAAGAAGAAAUGGAAAAAGCAGGAAGGUGCUGAUGGUGAUGUCCAUGAUAAUUUAUUUCUCAUAAAACAGAGGAGGAAGAAGUCCAAGCAGAAAUCCUAGUGUUGAGGAAUGGAUCGGUAGCACCAGCGUUCACUGGCUCCAGCUCCACCUCCUGUUGUUCUUGUCCUUCUCUUAGCACACUGAAUUCGAGUCCGUCCCUGAGCCCGGGCCCGCGUGCACAGACACCCGUCACACGCCAGCGUCCGUCUCCGCUCCCAGCCGCGGUGUCCGUCUGUCCGAACAGCGUGCUGGGCAGGCAGGACCCUGCUCCUGUUGCAGCGGCUGCGCUGUUCUGUACCAGAAUAGGCUGUAAGUGUGGUUUAUUUGCUUGAUGGGGGGCAGGAGGGAGAAUGGGCCUGGCGGGGUUGGUGGGUUUGUGUCCUGGCUGGCGGGUGUUGCUGUGCCGCGGAGCCCCGGGAGCCGACGCCGGAGACUGCGGGUCAGGAGGAGCGGGGAUAGGGGCCGGGGACGGGACGUGAAGCGCGUUCCCAGGCCUGUUCAUUCCUCCCAGGGCGCGGCGGGGGCUCCUUCACCCGCGGCGCUGCCGAGUCCUCGCCCCGCGCCCUGGGACCUGGCAGUCUCCCACCUCGUGCUCCCGUCACGGGUUUACUUCUCCCCUUACCUGUGUCCUUGUUCCUCUGAUGUGCAACUUGUUUCGGGAGAAGAGAUGGCAGAGUACGAGAAGUGUAUUUGAUUCCAGACUUACUGUGCUAAAAUUUAAUAAUUUUUUAAAAUACAGCUAUUUUUGUACACUGGAAUUGAACAAGGGUGUUGUUAAAAGUUUUGUAAGAAUAAGUGCUUCAUCAAAGGAAAAACCCAAAUAAAACUUCACAUGAGAGAUAUAUAAAAUGUAGGUUUGUUUUACGUUUUCUUGCAUUACCAACUGCAAUUAAAAACGGUGUCUGCUUCACUUUCCUCAGCUGAAACUACAUCACCUCUGGCAAAAGGUUUUUUGGUUUGAAAAGGAUAUAAUCUAUAUUCUGCUGAUUAAUGACGUACUGUAUUCUGUACCACUCCUUUUGCUAAGUAAGUAAGCUGGUAGUAACUAGUAGUACAGUGUCAUAAGAUACGCGUCCUCUCUUCAUUCGUGAUAACAAACAGGCCUUUGGCUACAAGUGUGUUUUAAAACUAGAAAGUUGUUUCUAACCUGCGCUAAUGCAGGGAUGUCUGAGGAGGGAAACGGGCACGCUGGAAACGUGUUCUCCUUAAAUUCACCUGCGUGUUGUUGGCAAGGUCUGCAGUCGGAUCACUGGUGCUCGGUGACCGCGUCACCUCGGGGUGGUGGGGGCACAGCUACACCUGCUUAAUGCCUGGGAACCCAGUGCCCAACAAGUGUGUCCUUGUUGGCAACCGAAAUUUAGUUUUGCUCCACUUCAUUGAUGACUUGAUUUAAAAGUUCCUGAUGAAAAAGUAAAUAACUUUUAGCCAGAAUUUAAAAAAAAAAAAUGAAUUCCACUUCUGGAAGGACUUGAGCUGACUUUGGAACGUGUUCCGUCCUGUGUGCUGUGGUUUACGUCCCUUUGGUGUGUCAAUACCUGGUUCUACUUGACCAAAAGUCUCCGGCAGCUGAACCGGCGUGCAGACUGGUCGGCAGGGAAGGACGCUGUUCGGAUUGAGAUCAGCUUUUCCGGUGGAGUUCGGUUUGGUCGUCUGGCAGAGAAGUUGUCACGAGGUGAGUAAAUCUCUUCUUCGGGAGCUGCAGCCUCUUGAGGAGCCGCCAGGAGACUCUGUCUGUGUCCCGCGACACUGCGUGGACACAGCUGGGAUCCCCAAGGCUCCAGGUUCCCCAUCUGCUCGAGGUGCACGCUCAGGUGCCAGCAGGAGCCGCUCCCGGGGUCCCCACCACACGGGACAGUGAGGGCUGGGGGUCGCGGCCCGCGUAAGGGCCGAAUUGCACCCUAUAGGGACAACUGAGAGCACACACGUAUAAAAACGGGAUGGACAACAUCCCUAACCUGUGCUUGGGCAGAUUUUAGGGCAUCUUGCUUCCAGAACUCUUUUAUCCACUGUUUUUCAAGCCAAUAUUCAGUAAGUUUGGGGAUUUUGUCGAAGUGAACGGGACUCAGUGGAAUUGUGGCCCCACCGUUGUCUUCACUGGACAGCCCUGUGGUAAGGACCGGCCACGCUCUGGGGACACUUCAGGUGCUCAUGCCUCUCGUUCACUGAAGAACAUCAAGAGCAGGUGGUUUUCCGCUUCACUACCCCAAACUGAAGCAGCUGUGGUUCCAAAAACAUCCAAGGCCAAGGAGAAAACUCUGAACUGCCAUAGUGUCUGAUGAGGGAUCGCUCUGGGCCGUCCGUCCGUUGUGAGGUGUUUUAUGGGUGCCCUGCGGUGUGCUAUAGAAGAAAUAAGACAGUCGCUCUCAGAGGUGAAGGCCAGAAGAGCUUUAUUCUGAUGGCCACUGGGGUAACAUGCUCCGGAGGGAUUCGCCACAGAGACCUUCCCUGAGUCUCUAACUGCCCUCGUCCCACCAUGCUCAUCCCUGUUGUCAAAGGAAUCUACAAGGAAAUAGGUGCAAUGUACUUCUCCAGGCGUAUGCGGUGGCUUCAUGUGCCGAUGUUAAACAGCCCAGCCAAGGUGAGAGCGACGUCAGGAGUGGGAACACGACAGGCGCUGAAAUCACCACAGGACAACCCAUCAACGUGGCUGUUUCCGCGCUGGUGAGGCCGCCGUGGGAGUGGGGGGCAGCCUGGGGGCACCGCGGCCUCUGCACAGGGCGCGGGUGCUGUCGCUGCCCGUGUCAAGUGGCGCUCAGAUGUGCAGCAAGUCAGGAUUUUUGCUGAGUCCUCUAAAGACAAGGUUCUGGGUGCUGUGCAGGAGUUAAGCCAGACAGGACUCCUGAGGCAUUUCUAUGAUGUUCAGUGGCUUCAGCUGACAAUAUUCACCUUGACAACAGGGUGAGCGUGAGUCACCAACGUGCCCUGUGGCCAAGAGGCCAACGGGCCCUGGGGUGUGUGAGGAAGAGUGUGGGCAGCAGGUCAGGGAGGUUGUUCCUCCCCCUCUGCUCUGCCUGGGGAGGCCCCAUCUCAGAACUGGGGCCAGUGCUGGGCUCCCCAGGUCAAGAGGGACAAGGAACCACUGCAGAGAGUCCAGGGAGGGACACGGAGAUGCUGAGGGCUCUGGAGCAUCUUUGUGCUGAGGAGACACUGAGAGAGCUGGGGCUGCUGAGCGGAGAAGAGAAGCUGAGAGGGAUGUGAUCGAUGAUCAGUACGGCAGGGUGGUGUCAGGAUGGAGCAGACUCUGUUCAGUGGUGCCCAAGGCCAGGGUGAGGGGCACCGGGCACAGACUGAAACACAGGAGGCUCCAUGUGAACAUGAGCAGACACUUGUUUGCUGGGAGGUGCCAGAGCCUGGCCCAGGCUGCCCAGAGCGGGUGUGGAGUCUCCUCCUGUGAGCCAUUGCACCCCUGGGAUCCUGUGUGAUCUGCCUGUGACCCUGCGUGAGCAGGGGGGCUGGGGACACACAGAUGUGGCAUCUGUAGGUGUGGUGGCAUCUGCGUGUCACUGCAGCAGCUGUUGUAAGCACCAGAUGAUACGUUUUUGGUGGAAACAUCUCUGGCUUUAGCUCUGGGUACUGCGGCUGCCCAGUGCUGCAGAUAUCUGACUUGGCUUUGCUCUGACAGGUGUCUGCUGCUCGUGGUUGCAAGACAGUGAGGAAAGGCACAGAGAAAGUGGGGUAUUUGGGACCACAGGAAGAGAAAAAGAUAAAACAGCAACGUCUGGAAGCCAGUGGAGCCGGGGGAAGGAGCCUUCUCCAGCAGCCUGGCCCGUGAGGGCCAGGACCUGGUGACGGGAGCAGCUCCCCAGCUGAACCGGGCAGCAGGGUCUGGUAAAGGAACCGAGACACGGCAGCCACGGUACAACCUGCAGCACUGACCACAGGGCGCUCGAGUCAUGGCAGGGUCGGACAUCAGCUCAAAUACCAACUGUGUCGGGCUUUGCGCAGCCGAAUACUGAAUCUGCUCCGGAGGGGCACCAGAAAAUUUGGAGAAAAACCCGGGGGUCCAGAUAGUGCGGCUGGCAAGGAAACACUGACAUGAAUGAGGCUGCUUUCCUCUAGGAAAUAAGGUGUUUUCCUCUAGGAAAUAAUCCUCAGGCGAAUAAGGUGUGAAGGAAAAUGGCUGUUCUGUCAGGACAACAACCGCUUGGAGGACAGAAAGGUGUAGCUGACACACUAGGAAAAAAGGCAGAGUGCCAAAGAUGACGGACGGCCGCGGGUCGCCUGAGGAGGUUGUGCAGCCGGCGGGGUCAGGGAAGAGCUGGGCCGGUCUGCGGGGGUGCGGCCGGGGCGACGGCCGAGGUGCCGGCAGGCGGGCGCUGCCCUCGCGGCGCUGCGGCUGGGCCGGGGGGUGCCCGGCACAUGAGAGCGGGGGAACCGGGACCCCAUCCGCGCCGUCAGGGCAGGCUGGGGCCACACGUCUCCCAGCCAGCCCCCUGCUCUCCAGCUUCGAAACCGUCCCUCGGCCAGGUGCUGAGCCUUCUCACACGGGGAGCAGCAACGUGGAGCAACACAAAAGGGAUUUGUCUCUUUCCGGACAGCUGAGCUGUAGCAGGACCCUCAUUUGCAGAUGUUUCCAGCCCCGGAGACGUCCCGUGGCGCACACCAGGCAGCAAAACUCUCUCCGGAUCACUGAGCUCCACACGGACCAGCCAGGAGAUCACCUGCUGACCUGCUGGAGCAGCACGGCCAAGCGCCUGGUCUGCGUGCCCAUGCACGGGGCUCCACCACAGGUCUGUCUUGGGCCACUUGAAACAAAGCUGGUUGUGUCCUGCACCAGCAGAACGGCACUGGAAACCAGCACCUCCCAGCAUGACCAGUAAGGCUUCUGUCUAUCAGGUGAUUAAUUUUUCAGAACUUAGUGCAAAAGUAAUACAUCUGAAGAUGUUUUUGCAUCAGAUGAGAAGGACGGGAUAAGAAAAAUGGCAAAAAGAAGUGACGCAUUUUCCACCAGCAAAAAUACAACCAUGUUAGGUAGUGGAUAAAGAAAAGCACUGCACUAGAGCCCUGCUCUGGACCAGGUGACUUACCCUAUUGAACCAAAACGUGCUGUGGUCGGUCAUUCCUCCCACCUGCUUUUUCCCCCUCCUCCACAGAGCUGUCAGCCUUUCUCCAGAGAUGGCCGGGACCGGGAAAGCUGCUCCUCCCAGGAGAGGACGGUGUCUGCAGGUCGCAGCUGAUGUGCCCCGGUGCAGCAGCGUGAGGAACCUACACUGCGUGAAUAGACAAAGGGCGCAGCUCAGCCCAGACUCCAGGGAGGAGACAAGAUGAGUGGAACAAAAGGUCAGAGUCUUGUUUGAUAAUGGGGGCAGGUGUCCCAGGAGUGAAGAGGGGAGAAGAGAGUAUUUGGUGCAUCAUUUGUUGCAGCAUCUACACGGCAAAGUUGAGGAAGGAAGGAGUUCUGGGAUUUGAGGUGUACAUCUCUGCACACCGGUGUGCUCUGGCGUGCCUUUGUGACACAGUGGAGCAGAGGGUGGCUCCUCGUGGAAGCUUUCUGUUCCCUGAAGUCUGCAUAAAGUAUCAGUGUAUGUGUCUCGAGGUACGAGCUGUUGUAGAAUCUGCUGGGAAAGUCAUUUAAACAAGCGUGUCUGAGCUACACGGCUGCACUGUCCCGCGUCACUGGGAGCGGUGGCCAGCGCGUCAGACACCACGAGCUGACGUUCCCGCACAGCCGACGAUGGUGGGGACACUGUGCAGCUGGUGACAGUGGAGACACCGCACAGCCAGUGAUGCUGGGGACACAGCACAGCUGCCGAUGGUGGGGACACCACGCCAACAGUGACACUUGGGACACUGCACAACCAGUGACACUGGGAGCACCACGCAGCCAGCAAUGCCAGGGACACCAUGCAGCCAGUGACACUGGGGACACCGCACAACAUGUUCCAGCCAGGGCAUGUCAGAAGGAGUGGAAGUCACACUAUUUUAGACCAUUUUCUUGCUAUGGGGCAAGAAGUGAAUUUGCUGUGGUGGGUUUGUCCCACGGGGCCGUGGGUCGCUGCUCCCCCCGCAGAGGCAGCAGAGUGGGGGUCGGGAUCCCCCAGACGAGCUGUUGAGCUGAUUCCAGCCAAUCAGAGGGUGCAAUUGCAGCCGCGGUACCCGCAGGAGCAGGCAGAGCUGUCUCCAUCUCCUGUCACUGUGCUUCCCUUGCAGCUCCGGACCAGACGUGGCCAUGGCAAGGCAGGUCCUGCCCAUGGUGACCUUGCAGACCCACAAGCCUCAGGACAGUCUUACCAACAGAUCCUGUUCCACCCACAUCUCACUCAACGGCUCUUCCAAGAGUGACAAGUUUUUCCCUGUGAGCAAACCAGUGCAAAAAACCAGUCCAGGGUUCGUUUUUCCUCAAUUGGUGAACGAGGAGACCUGAAUGCACCAGGAUUCCGUGGGCCAAGGCAGCGCUCACACCGCCUGUUCCACAAGCAGCGUUCCGUCAGACUGUGUUCUGCCAGCAGCCAGGGCCGGCCCCGUCCCACAGCUGGGCUUGCUCUGUGCGUAAAGGGGUUUGUUCUUCCUCGCCCCUCCUCACAGGUGCUCUCACAAAUGCUCCCGACCCUGCUCGCUGGCCAGGGGCAACGGGCACCGUCCAGCAUCCCCAGAAAGACCUCUGCUGGUGGAGUCGGGGUUGCACUCAGCUCACAGCGAGCGCGUCCGUUCGGAAGGUGAUUGGAGCAGUGAACUGAAAUGCUGAGUCUGCAUUAAAUCCUGCCUCUCGGUGUUCUGGCACGAACCUUCUCAGGUGUUCUCCAGGUGGGAAUCUUCUGCUCUGCAGGAGAUAUCAAACACACCUAAAAGAUACAUCGGGCUGAUGAAGUGUGAGCGAGGGAAGCGGCCGGCGUGGACGCGGUGGGGCUGCUGCCCGGUGUCAGAGGGUGGAGGAUGCACCUCUGUAAAUUGACACUGCAGCAGGAGGACUAACAUACCGCUAGAGCCUGUCUCCAGCACUGAGGCUUCCCAAUCACCGUGUUCAGCAGAAGUUCACUGUUGUCCCGUCUCUAGGGCUUAGGCAGAGCAUAAGCUCUAAGAAUGCUGCAGUCCAGGGAAUUCAGCACAUGCUGCAAAGCUCUGUCCUCCUGCUCUUAGCUUGUGUGUUAAGAGCUUUCCUUUGUACUCCUGGUGGAUUUUCAUCUUGUCUUAUAAUUUUCCCUUAAAUGAUUUACUUUCAACAGAAGAACAAAGUCAACACCUAUCUAUAAAAUAUUAUUUUAUAAAAAUACACACAUUCAAGGCUUUUUUGAACUUUUAAAAAACAUUCACAAAGUGCCUCGGUUAAAGGUAGGAAGCACUACCUGAAGUGGACGUUGUGCCUCGAUCGCAGCCCUCCUCAUCACCUUCAGAGCCCGGAUCUGGUGCCUGCAGUCCUCCGCUCCUCUGUGCCCUGCAGGGCUGCGGGACAGCCAGGGCAGGCUGGGCUGGUGCCCGCGUGUGUGCCUGGCAGGGCUGUCCCCGAGGGCUGCGUGUCCCUCCGCUCCUUGUCCCAGCACGGAUCAGGACACCUACAGAGGGGCGGAAAGACUCGUUGUCUUGGCACAACUUUUCUGAGCAGGAAUUCACCCCCAGCGGCUGCACAGCCCCGGCCGAGGGGGCCAGCGGCACAAACGGCUGCAUGGACCUUGGCCAUGCUGCCCUGUGACGGUGCCAGGCACCGCGGGGGAGAGCAGGCGGCUGUGCCAUGGUGGGAGGACACGGAUGUCCUGUGGCGGGAGGACAGGGAUGUCUAAUGGCGGUGGCAGCAGAACGGGGCUGUGUCGUGGCAGCAAGACAUGGAUGUGUCGCGUGUGGCGGUGGUGGCAGCACAGGGACAUGCCGUGGCACAGGACAUGGAUGUGUCACGUGUGGCGGUGGUGGCAGCACAGGGACAUGCCGUGGCACAGGACAUGGAUGUGUCACGUGUGGCGCUGGUGGCAGCACAGGGACAUGCCCUGGCACAGGACAUGGAUGUGUCACGUGUGGCGCUGGUGGCAGCACAGGGAUGAGCCAGCAGGGACACGCCACUGGCGCCGCAGCAACACGCAGGAGCCACAGUGCAGAGCUGGAGAUCAGGUGAGCCUGCGGCAUCCGCGGCACAGACGAGCCCGGCGGGCAGUGGGUUCGGCGGGUGUGGCAGGCAGAGGCACCGAGCCGGCACACACGGCGCUCAUCACUCCACUCUCCACCGGUCCAGGUGUUGUCUCCGCACCUGGAGUGACCCCCGACCGUCCUCCCGGUGCUCACCAGUACAACACGACUUUCAGUCACAACCGACUGUGGCUCUGCACAGCGCAGCAGACAGUAAUUGCACUUUUUUGCAUUGCAAAACGAUUAUUAGCACCUCAGUUCAUUAUCAAAGCAAAUUUAAUUUUUCAAUGUAAAGGAGCCAGUUGUAUUUAUAAAGGAAACACUGUUGAUACAGCCAGAAAAAAUUAAUUCAUGACAAAUGUAAGGAAAAUUAAUAGUCUUUAACCAGGACAAUAUUUGACUGUGUCUAAUUGUGCUUUGCCAGGAAAAGUACACUGUCUUUAAAAAGUCCUGACCGAGAUUUUGCAGAAGCAUUUUACACUUAUGGUGAAACUGCAUUUAAACACUGAUAUUUUUAAUUAACCCUGAACUGGUCUGGCCAAAUCAUAUAGAAACUGUUGUGGAAACUCAGUCUUCUCCCUGGUGUUUGUGCACUGUGGCGGUGGUGUGUCUCGUCUGAUCCAAACCCGUUCAGGCAGGAAAAAGAAAAGGGGCAGAACGGCCACAGGGAGCCUGGACACGCCGACACGGGUGGGAUCCGGCGGAUCCCGGACACCAGUAACACCGGUGAUCUCCACCACGGAGGGACAGCCCCGGUGAUCUCCACCACAGAGGGACAGCCCCGGUGAUGUCCACCAUGGAGGGACGGCCCCGGUGAUGUCCACCAUGGAGGGACGGCCCCGGUGAUCUCCACCACGGAGGGACAGCCCCGGUGAUCUCCACCACGGAGGGACAGCCCCGGUGAUGUCCACCAUGGAGGGACGGCCCCGGUGAUCUCCACCACGGAGGGACAGUCCUGGUGAUCUCCACCAGUCAGGGGCCUCCUGGCACGUCCCCCUCCCCGGGCUGACCGUGGCCUGUGGAGCAGACAAGGGUGGCCACGGGGGUCCCGAAAGUGGAAGAUUCAGCAGGUGUUGAGGGACUUGGCGUGGGGUGAGAUCUCACAGAGCAAUAGGGGUCUCUGGCUCUCCUCAGAGGUUUUCUGCUGAGAAGAUGCUGACGCAUAUGACGUUGUGACGGGUGGGCUGCUCGUGUGUAGUAAGAACAGGUUCAGCAUUUGCGUUGCGGGAGCACAGGCACAGCCGAGGUGUAGGUGCCCCCGGGUUCUUUUCUGCCUGGUUCUUCGAAGGUCUCCACAUCCCGCCUGUCCCCAGCGCCUCUGCAGCACCAGGCGUCUCCAUCCUCAGGUGCAAGCGCAGCUGUCCUGGUCAGUGGCAGCAGAGCUGUGUCCUUCAUGUGAAGAAAUCCCCGGUGCAGACACCCUGGUGCAGACACCCCAUGGGCUGUGGGCUCAUUAACGCCUUCUCCAUGACACCUAAGCAGAGGUUUCUGGAGAGGCUGGUUCCGGCACCAGCACCUCCACCACCUCUGCUGGUCUGUGGGCACAGUGGCCCCCCAGCAUGCUCACCAGAUUUGUGUUGACUCCUGCGGUGUGUGUGACUGCGCCAGCGCUGGUCUCGUCUGGUCCGCACCCCGGGUGCCUGCGGCUGCAGCUGCGCCGGGGCGGGCACAGCGCGGUGCUGGCCGGCGAUGCCGGCCAUGGUCCGGGGCUUCCCGCCCCUGGGGAGGUGCAAAGCUCCUCUGAGCUUUAGAAACACAAACCGGAGGGCUCAGGGCACAAAUGCACCAGCAGGCAGGACGGGCCCCUGCAUUCUCCUCCUGGGGUGUGGGAGUCACAGAGGGAACAUCUGCCCCUGGUCCCCAGGUCCCCCCAGCCCUGCAGGCGGUCCCAGCUCUCACCCUGUCCCCAGGACAGCCUGGAAACGCGCCGUCUCUCAACUCAGCCUGCCAACUUGAAGCCAAUUUGCAUUGGAUAAUUAUUUUCAAUUAAGUGAUAACAAUCCUGUUCUGAACAGAAAUAAUCUUGUCCAAAGGCCAAACAGUUUAUCCUGUCUGGGAGACAAGGCUGCAGCUCUGCACGGUGCGUGUCGGUGUCGGCGCCGUUAUCGGCCGCGUGGUGCCGAAGGGCUGGGCUGGUGGCCAGCAGGGCUGGGCACAGCCCUGUGUGUGGCCACUUGGCCGUCCUGCUGCACCCCCGCUCCCCCAGCGCCCGUCUCCCGCGCAGCCCCGGCACACCAGGCUGCUCCUCCCGCUCCCCCAGCAAAGGGGUUUGCAACCCUGGUGGUUUUAUUUUGGUUCCCAGGAAGGACCAGAACUAUUUUUCAUUUGCAAAUCUCACCUGCCCGCCAGCUCUUCCUCCGACAGCACCAUGCGGAGCAGACACGCGCUCUGCACAGCGGGAAAGGGGUGCACCCCAAAACAGCCCCAGUUCCCCUCACCGGCCGCCCUGAUGGGGAGGACCAGAGUGUGCUGCUUACACAGUUGGCCCCUCUCUGCUCAGCAUCCUCCCUGGACUCUGCAGGACCCAUCCAGAUCCCCUGUGAACAUUGGUGCUGGCGGUGUGCAAGUGUCUCCAAGCCAUCGAGGGUCCCUCACGCACAGCGGGCAGCGAGUGUGGGUUGGUGACAUUGCCCCAGCAGCUCUGUCUGCGGGCUGUCCCUCCGUAACCCAGCUGCCAUGGGGAAGGACAGGCGGGACUGAUGCCGCCAAAGCACGAGGCCGACGGGCCCAUCCUGCCCUCGCUGGGGCAAGGGACCCUCCCCACCAGCCCAUCUGCCAACUCAACAGGAGCCCCGGGACGUGGGUGCUGGAAUCGGGAGUCUCUGGCCAGCUCCAGCGCCGGACGGUGCUGCGGUGGCCCUGGAGGUGGCCGCCGUCCCCAGCAGCUGCUCUGGGAGAGUGGGAUGGAAGUUGGAGGGGGUUGUUGGUUUGUUGGGUUUUUAUUUUUAAUCCACCAAAGCCAGUCAGUUGGGAAGAUUGGACUCCGGAGCUCCUGCAAGUGAAAAAUAGCAAAUCCAAUAUCUUUUUAGUGGUGUUUUUAUAUUCAAAUUAGACAUAAUCUCCAUGAAUAAAAUUACUGUUCCCAAAGGGAUCAUGCCCAAUUUAAAUGUAUAAAAUGUCAUUAAAAGGGCACUGACUUGCUAUUAAAAUUUAACUCCAGCAAACCCCCAAUGUCAUUUGUAUUAUAGUUUUACAAUUAAGCCAGAGAUGUUGGAAAUAAUAGUUUUGAUGUACAAUCUGGUACCAUACAGUAGGAGUGCAUUGUUCCUAAGGAGGCUGCAGCCGGACCCGUCGCUGGAAACGUGGCCGCAGCAGCGCGGCGAUGGCGCGGGGCCGGGGCACCGCUGCAGAGGGGACGCGGCGGGGCCGGCUCUGCCGCCGCGGCGCCCCGGCCCAGCUCACGGCGCGGCCCACUCAGACCCAUGGCAGCAGGGACAUGGCCAGCGCGAGCUCACGUCCUGCGGGCAAGAGUCCGUGUGUGGGGCUGGGACCCCCACCCUUUUGGGGACACGAAGCCCGGGCCGGGACCACGCCAGGCAGAGAAUCUGCAUCCCCAUCCCUUUCCUUGCAGACCUGCUGUCUCGGAAGCAAAGUGCCACAGGGAGGGCAUGAGGCUGGAAAGCGGCAACCGAGCGCGGCUGCGGAGCAGGGCCAUGGGCUCUGCAGCACUGGCGGCUGCGGGGCGGAGACGCCUCUGCCAAGGAGGAGCUGAUGGCAGCGGCAGCAGCCUGAGAUCCAGGAGCCCCCUGAGGGACUGGAACAUGCGCGUGGCUCCACACAGUUCCACUCAACAUGUGGUGCCACCAAAAACGUCCUGGCUGUGUCUGGGGCCAGGUGAGUGCCCUCCUGCCCUGCGACGGGGCUCUGCGAGCUCCGGGGAGGAUGAGGAGCAGCUGGUUGCUGUGUGCACACUGACCGCCCGAGACAGGGCACGGUCAGUGCCGGAGCAGCUCAGCCUUCCGCUGGCUUUGCUGCUGGCUUUGCCCCGGUCUGCUGCUGUGUGCCAUGGUCCAAACACCAGCGGCCGUACAGGGAGCUCAGCGCUGCCCCAAGGGAAGCUGAUUCCCCACAUGGACCAUCCUGGCACCCGGUGCAGCUGGUGCAGCGCAGGGCAGCUGGUGCAGCUGGUGCAGCUAGUGCAGCGUUGCAGGAGGGAGCGGGUGUUGCGGAUGGGCUCUGCCCAGCGGGGCUGGGGCGGGUGGUGCAGGGUGCUCCCCGCUGUCCCCAGCAGAGCUGUGGUGGCACCAGGCCGUUAUUUUGUCUUUAACAGAGCCGCCAGGAGCUGCUGGCUGUUUCCUUCAGUGCAGGGCAGGACAUCGGGGACCUGUCACAGGAGACAGCUGGGCAUGCUUGAGAAAAGUGGGUGAGCCUUCAGGUGUACAGACAGUCUGUCAGUCACCAAGUGACCUAACGAACAGUGUUUUCUGUCCCCACAACAGCUGGUGACUCUGCUGAGCCCUUACUGUCAUGUACCGCAGCCCAAACGCAAACCCAGGUAAUCCUCAGAGGUGACAGUGACCACGGCGCUGUCCUGUCCCGUCCCGGACACCCGCGGUCCUGCUCCCCUCACCCGAGCAGGCUUCAGCUUUUACCCAACAACAGUCAGCAUCACCAAGGCAGCUGCUGACUCAGCACAUUGUGAAAGGGUGCAACUGAUGUUUCCUACGAAAUCCAAGAACAUGACGCAUCCAGCCAGGGCUGGCAGGAGCUGGUCACCAGUUCUAGAGCCUACGCUGAACGUCAUCUGCAACGGCAGCGUCGUCUGCUGAGACCUGGGCAGGAAUGCGAGUUCCCUGGUUCUGCCCCGCGGGCCCCUGCUACAGCACAGAGUGCACGGGGUGUGCAGGACAGGAGCUGCCGUGGCUGGUGUCGGGUAUCUGUCACCUGUCCCAGGUCACCCAGCAGUGGUGUCUGUCACCUGGGUCACCUGGCGGGUGUCUGUCACCUGCCCUGGUCACCCGGCGGAGCUGUGGGCUGAGGCCAGACCAGGAAACCAGCACCAGCCCUUCCUCCUCUUCCUCCUCCUCCUCACGCCUCCAGAGCCCAGCCCUUGGCCGCAGCCAGGGACCUGCUCACGAGGGAAGGCUGCAGGCAGCCGGCACAGCCCUGAAGGCUGUGUCCCUGUGUCCAUGUGUCCCUGUGUCCGUGUGUCCAUGUGUCCCUGUGUCCGUGUGUCCAUGUGUCCAUGUGUCCCUUGUCCAUGUGUCCAUGUGUCCCUGUGUCCCUGUGUCCAUGUGUCCCUGUGUCCAUGUGUCCAUGUGUCCAUGUGUCCCUGUGUCCCUGUGUCCAUGUGUCCCUGUGUCCGUUUGUCCCUGUGUCCGUGUGUCCCUGUGUCCAUGUGUCCAUGUGUCCCUGUGUCCAUGUGUCCCUGCGUCCCUUUGUCUGUGUGUCCAUGUGUCCCUGUGUCCGUGUGUCCCUGUGUCCCUGUGUCCGUGUGUCCAUGUGUCCCUGUGUCCGUGUGUCCCUGUGUCCAUGUGUCCCUGUGUCCAUGUGUCCAUGUGUCCCUGUGUCCAUGUGUCCCUGUGUCCGUGUGUCCAUGUGUCCCUGUGUCCGUGUGUCCCUGUGUCCAUGUGUCCAUGUGUCCCUGUGUCCAUGUGUCCCUGCGUCCCUUUGUCUGUGUGUCCAUGUGUCCCUGUGUCCGUGUGUCCAUGUGUCCCUGUGUCCGUGUGUCCCUGUGUCCGUGUGUCCGUGUGUCCCUGUGUCCGUGUGUCCCUGUGUCCCAGUGUCUGUGUGUCCAUGUGUCCCUGUGUCUGUGUGUCCCUGUGUCCAUGUGUCCCUGUGUCUGUGUGUCCAUGUGUCCCUGUGUCUGUGUGUCCCUGUGUCCAUGUGUCCCUGUGUCCCUGUGUCUGUGUGUCCAUGUGUCCCUGUGUCCAUGUGUCCCUGUGUCCGUGUGUCCCUGUGUCCCUGUGUCUGUGUGUCCAUGUGUCCCUGUGUCUGUAUGUCCCUGUGUCCGUGUGUCCCUGUGUCCCUGUGUCCCUGUGUCCGUGUGUCCCUGUGUCCGUGUGUCCCUGUGUCUGUAUGUCCCUGUGUCCGUGUGUCCAUGUGUCCGUGUGUCCGUGUCCACGCACACGCGGCCCAGCCGUGCCCUCGGCAGGGUUGGUAUCCACAGUCAACACGGACUGUGCUCGCAAACAUCUGCUCCCCAGAAGGACUGCUCAGAGUCUUCACUCUCCACCACAUAAUUACUGUGCAUUAAAGGGUAUAGCACAUAUUUAAAUAUGCAUUUAACUGACACAGUAAGCAGGUGAGUGAAUAUGCAUGUUAUAAAAAAAUAAACAUUCAACUAAUAUGCAAUUAAUGGGGCAAAGCAGUCAAAACUAUUUAUUACUUCUGGGAACAGAACACCUUCCAAGGCAUUUUAAUUACUGCAGUAGUAUUCUGAAAACAAAGAUCACAUUCAGCCUUUUUCACUCUUUUAUUUUCCCCAAGGAACAUAAAAACAGUUGAAGCCCAGUGGUCCUAUCUUAGGAAGCACCGUUGAGCACAACAGAGCACAUGGACCCCCGGGAAGGUUGUGGUUGAACAAACAGCCACAACAGGACAAAAGUAAAUGUCCCAAGGUGGACUUUGCACAAACCAAAUGAGCUGCUGGCGAAGCUGCAGCCCCAGGGACACGGGAGCAGCUCAUGGGGACACAGAGCUGCCAUGGUGACAUGGAGCUGCUGUGGUGACAUGGAGCUGCCAUGGGGACACGGAGCUGCUGGGGGGACACAGAGCUGCUGCAGCAUGGGUGGCCGCAGGGGCUGUGGCCAGAGCUCACCCUCUGGCCAGGCCACUGACCACCCAGGAGCCAGAGGACCCAGCCGCGGGCCCACGGUGGCACUGGGCAUCACGAUGUCCUCUGGUGGCCUCCCUUGUUGUCACCUGUCUCGCAGCUGCCGGAGCUGCUGCCGGAGCUCAUCAAGCACAUGCAAACAGCCUGCAAACGGGAAGCGUUCGCCUGAGACGUGCAGCCCGGGCGCCGCUCGCGCUGCAGACGGAUCACUUAGCCUUGUCAUUGUGUUUAUGAGGCUGAGAGAGUUUUUACUGCCACGAUAUCUUCUCAUUAGCCAUUACAAGGAGAUGUGCUGGAGGGAACAAGGAAAAGGCUUCUCCUAUGCAUGACUGAGCUGCAGAGGCCAAACUGAAGGGACAGGUUGUGACCCGGGUAAUACUUGCCUUGAUCUUCAUGUUGAAACAUGAUAAGUCAUGUAAUAAAAAACCCACUUCCUUCCUGCA